GAGCGCCGACCGAAAUCGUACUUCCCCCGACAACGGGCAAUGAAAUGCUGGGUGAGGGGGUGAAGAUGAGUUUUGCUCGAUUUAUUUGCUAGAGAAACAACAUCUCCAAAUACAAAUUUCUCGUGUUUAAAACCUCACGUCGCGGUUCAUUACCCGCAUCACUUGUUGCAAACCCUAGGAAACUGGAGUACCUUCUGGCGUUACUACUUAUCCAAUCUUGGACGCCUGCUUAAUUACAGCCUGCCCUAGUUUAUAUGAGCCCUGCGCCUUUGCGAGCACGCCAUCAUGGAACCCUCCGAUUUGACCACACAAAGCACCAAGAAUCCUGGUGCUUCUUCUCCCACAGAGCAUCUUUCAUCCCCGCAUGCGUCUCAAAAAGAGCCACACCGCAUGUCUCCUCCCAGUGCAGAGCAAGGGCCGCCCGAGAGAUCUUGCAGUGGGCAAGUCCAACCAAUCAAUGAAUGCACGCCCAUUGUUUCAAAUACCGAUUCAUCUCGCCGAAAUUAUCAGUCCACGGAAGGACUCAGGACUCGUGAAUCCGAGUCCGUGAAUAGUCAGGCCGGAAUUUCCGAACGGCAAUGUGCUAGAGACACUGAUCAACAGCCGUCUCAGUCAGACGCGGAGGAGCCGCAGGCCUCAUGGUAUCGUCGUAUGGCCGAUAGGUACGGCAGUUUAGAGCUGGAAAAUAAGGGAAGUGUUGCCCGAGAUCAUCUCGCCCUAGAACGUACAUUUCUGGCCUGGCUAAGAACUUCUUUGGCUUUCGCAUCCAUUGGAAUUGCGGUGACCCAGCUGUUUCGUUUGAAUAACACCGGGAAUGUGACCGGCGUUGAUUCUGCGUCGCAAAAUUCUAAUAUUGAUCCCGCUAGUAUCGCUAUAGCUUCCGCCUCUCAGCGGCUCCGCAGCAUAGGCAAACCGCUAGGAACCACUUUUAUCGGUGUCGCCAUCCUCAUUCUCUUGGUUGGCUUCCACCGCUACUUUGAAAGCCAGUACUGGAUCAUCAGGGGCAAGUUCCCGGCGAGCCGUGGCAGCGUUGGGUUGAUUGCAAUCGUCGCUGCCGCAUUGAUAAUAGCUACUCUAGUAGUCAUCCUUGCUAUCUCUCCGGGCGCCGUGGAAGCCUAGCGAGAGAACGUUCUUCAGUUUCGUCAUUUGAGCGUUGAGCGUGUUUCUUCUCUUCUCGUCACCUUCGAUCAUGUCAUUUCAGCAGAUGAUACGGAAGUGCAAACUGGGCAUAUCAUGCUCAACUGUUGUAUAUCCCUUCUGUACAAGGAUCCUCGGAAACAGACAAUGCGUAUCAUCUAGCCCUAUGCUUGCUGUUCGCACUAGGUUCGAGAUGUGGCUUCGGGCACUUACUUGCAGCUAGUUUUCACUAAUCAAGCGCGAGCAAGCAAUUCGUGAUGUACAUACGUAACGUCCGACAGGGGCUUGGCAGCUCUUCUAACUCCGAUAAGGUACCUGGCAGAAGCAAAGUCGGCCCUAUCCCCUCUGGAUAUGACCGAUCUUUGCACGGCCCGCACAAUCGGAGGGUUUGAUUUGAAACUUGAC